CUUAACGGUCGAGCGCUGCUGUUGGGGGUCUAUGGAUCUGUCUGUGGGGCUGCUGCGUGUAGCGUCUCGGAAAGGAAACUGCGUUCCGGAGGCCUGGGGCUCGUGGCGCUGCCGGGAUCCCUCCGCGGGAAGCGAGGGAGCCGCCCGAGUGAUCCGGUUUGCGCCGGCCGCGGGCUGCGAGCUCUCGGGGGGCUCGGAGCACCCCGAGUAAGAGCCGUGCCUCCGGGAUGCUCUCCGCCAGCGGAACUGCCAUGUGAAUGUUUGGAGUUGCAGCCAAAAAACUGGUUUCUCAUGAGAAUUGUAUCAGCUGAACCUUUUAAUUCAUUUAUCUGGCUGGACUGUUAGUAGGUCCUACCUCCCCCACACUGAGACAGAUCUGUGGUAUGAGUUUGAAGCCUGAGAACAGGUGUCUGCCAUGGGAGGAGAGCUUCUGAUCUGAGACCCACACUAAAUCUUGAAGAAUCCUGGCCAGGGGUGGGCUCUGCACCUGCAGGCCAUCCUGACCAGUCCUUCCCAGAGCCAACAAGAACCAAAUGACAUCUCAUCCUUGAAAUACCAGCCACAGCUGUACAACAUGGAGCAGUUGGCACAGACGAUGCCUAGAAGAGCUUGGUGUUCCCAGGACUCUGCACUUUGCCAGGAAGAAGAGGACAUGACCAGAUCUUUUAAAACAGUGACAUUCGAGGACGUGGCCGUGGACCUCACCCAGGAGGAAUGGCAGCAAAUGAAACCUGACCAGAGGAGUUUGUACCGAGAUGUGAUGCUAGAGACCUACAGCAACCUAGUAACCGUAGGUGGUCCAAUCCCCAAACCAGAUGUGAUCUUGAAGUUAGAGCAAGAAGAGGAGCCCUGGGUGGUGGAGGAAGAGAUGUUCUGGAGACGCUCUGCAGAAGUUUGGGAAGUUGAUGGACAGAUGGAGAAACAACAGGAAACACUUGUGAGGAAAGUCACAUCCACCUCCGAGAAACCUCUGAUUAAGGAAAAUGUCAUUGACUGUAAAGAGGUUGCAGAAAUCUUUCUUCUGAGCUCAGAUGUUGUUCCUUCAAGACAAAGCCUCUAUGAUCGUGACUCACUUAAUAAGUGUGUGGAACAAAACUUAGAUAUUCUUAGUUAUAAUAAGGUUUGUGUAAGAGACAAUAACUUUGAAUGUAGUAAGUAUGGGGCUCCAUUUUAUCAUUGCUCACCCUGUGCCAUAGCUCCCUUUAAAUGUGAUCACUGUGGACAAGACUUCACUCAUAAACUUGACCUCCUCAGACAUGAGAGAAAUCAUGCUGGAGAAAAACCUUAUGGAUGUAAAGAGUGUGGAAAGUCCUUUAGCAGGAAGGAAAAUUUCAUUACGCAUCAGAAAAUCCAUACUGGGGAAAAGCCAUAUAUGUGUAAAGAAUGUGGAAAAGCUUUCAUUCAAAUGUCUAACCUCAUUAGACACCAAAGAAUUCACACUGGGGAGAAACCUUACGCUUGUAAGGAUUGUUGGAAAGCUUUCAGUCAGAAGUCAAAUCUCCUUGAACACGAGAGGAUUCACACUGGAGAAAAACCCUAUGAAUGUAAGGAAUGUGGGAAAUCCUUCAGCCAGAAGCAAAAUCUUAUUGAACAUGAGAAAAUUCACACUGGGGAGAAACCUUAUGCGUGUAAUGAGUGUGGUAGAGCUUUCUCUCGAAUGUCCUCUGUUACUCUGCACAUGAGAAGUCACACAGGGGAAAAGCCCUAUAAAUGUAAUAAAUGUGGAAAAGCUUUCUCUCAGUGCUCAGUAUUUAUUAUGCAUAUGAGAAGCCACACAGGUGAGAAGCCUUAUGUAUGUAAUGAGUGUGGAAAGGUCUUUUCGCAAAGUUCUUCCCUUACUGUACAUAUGCGAAAUCAUACUGCUGAGAAGCCCUACGAGUGUGAUGAGUGUGGGAAAACCUUCAGCCGGAAAGAGAAUCUUAUUACACAUCAGAAAAUUCAUACUGGAGAGAAACCUUAUGAAUGUAAUGAGUGUGGGAAAGCUUUUAUUCAGAUGUCAAAUCUCAUUAGACAUCAGCGAAUUCAUACUGGUGAGAAACCCUAUGCAUGUACUGUAUGUGGGAAAGCCUUUAGCCAGAAGUCCAAUCUUACUGAGCAUGAGAAAAUUCAUACUGGAGAGAAACCUUAUCUUUGUAGUCAGUGUGGAAAAGCCUUUAGUCAGAGACAAAAUCUCCUUGAACAUGAAAAAAUCCAUACUGGAGAGAAACCAUUUAAAUGUAAUGAGUGCAGUAAGACCUUUUCUCGAGUCUCAUCCCUUACUCUUCAUAUGAGAAGUCACACGGGGGAGAAACCUUAUAAAUGUGAUAAGUGUGGAAAAGCCUUUGCUCGAUGUUCAUUACUUACUAUACACAUGAGAAGUCACACAGGUGAGAAGCCCUUUGAAUGUAAUACAUGUGGGAAGGCCUUUGCUCAGAGAGCAUCCCUUUCCAUACAUAAGAGAGGCCAUACAGGCAAGAAACAUUCUGUACUAAAUGAGGCAAUGCCUUAUCUAUGCAAUGCCUUAUUUACUUGAAAUGUCUGAUGUAAGUGCAAAACCAAGAUCUCUUUGGAAAAAUAACAAAACUUUGGAGUUUAUGAGCAAAUGCAGAGAAAUAUGUAUAUAGAUAAAUACAGCGUAAUAAAAUUUUCAAUUCUGAGAAUCUGUAGAUAAUACAGUUCCAAAUAAUUGCAUAAUAUUUUUCUAUAAUAUUUUACAAAGUGAUACUAAAAUUCACAUGAAAUAGAAGUGUAAACCAGGCAUAGUGAUGCUUGUCUAAAAUUCCAGCAUUUGGAUGACAGGAAGAUUGCCACAAGAUUGAGGCCAGCCUGGUCUACAUAGACUUUGUCUCAAUAAAUAAAUAAAAGUCCAUGAAUUGCUGAGAUGAUUUUAGAAAAAGAAUGGUAUAAGCAUACUUAUUGUAAUCUUUAUACUGUGGAGAUCGAGUCACGGGAAUCUAGAGUUUGAGGUCAGCUUGUGCUACAUAGUGAGAUCCUAUCUCAAAACAAAACAAAAGUAUAAUCCUAGUAGUACUUAGACUAGCACUCUUUAUAAUAUAUGCUAAAUUUACAGCCACUUCAAAGUGUAUAGUAUAGGAACAUAAUUAGGUGGGUGAACAGGUUAUAGAGUGCUCAGAUACAGAGCUGUGGAAAUAUGUGAACUUGGUGUUUGUCAGACAUGAAAUUAUGAGUUGGCAAAGAAAGAAUAAUCUAGUCAUUUGUUUCUGGAAUGUUUGACUAUUGGAGAAAAUUAAAGUAUAAACAUUACUGCACUAUAAACACUUCCAAAGGAUUUGACCUUGAAACCAUUGGAUGCUGAUGAGUAUGAUGGUGCAUGUAUCCUAGUGCUUGGGAGGCAGAGACAGGAGGAUGAGGAGGUCAAAGCCAGCUUUGACUUCAAAGCAAACUGAGGUAAGCCUGAACUACAUAAGACUAUCUUGGGGCUGGAGAGAUGGCUCAUUGGUUAAGAGCACUGGCUGUUCUUCCAGAGGUCCUGAGUUCAAUUCCCAGCACCCACAUGGUGGCUCACAACCAUCUACAAUGGGAUCUGAUGCCCUCUUCCGGCACACAGGUGUACACUCAGAGCACUCAUACAUAAAAUUAAAUAAAGUUAAAAAAAAACUAUCUUUAAAAGAAAAGAAAAAAACGCAGACUAUUUGUCUAUAACUCGAAGUCAAAAGAGUCAGUUUUGAAAAAGUAAAAAGAUACAGUUCUAGUUCAGAUUAUUUUCAUUUCUGUCAGAGGCUCUAGAAACUUGUAAAUAAUGAAGAGGAAAUACAUGCAUAUGAAUUGAAAACCUGGAUGCCCAGCAGUGGGCUAAUGGAUGAAUAGAAUACAACCUAUCCCAAGGGUGGAAUGGUGUGUAGUAGUUAAAACAAGGGGAUUCAUAGUGUGUAGCAGAGGUAGUUACCUAAAACAGUGUGGAGUGAAAAAUAAGAUGCCAUGCAACAUACUGUUUACUUUAUCCAUGUAAGUCUCAGUGAAACCCUUUACAAAGAAUAGAACUGGGUUUUUGAAAUUUAUUGACUAGAAACUGGUUUUAGUGAAAUUUUUAUAUAUGUAUGUAUAUAAAGUUAUUUAAAAUUGGUUAGAAAGAUUCAUGCUAAGACCUUUUUAGUUUUGUCUUUCACAAGGCAUUGGGACUGAAUGUGGGGAGGGUGUUCUUGGGAAGGGGCCUUUUUUGUCUUUAAAGAGACUAAUAGAACAUAAAAUAAAUCUUAAAAGUUAGUGACACAUGGUAGUAAUAUGACUUGUCUUUUUUAUAUAAUAUCAAAAUAGAACAAUUCAUGCAAGACACCUGAGUAGAGACUCCCUUUAAGCAAAGAAGCCAUGACACACAAUGAUUCCUUUUUUCCUCCCAGGUGAUGGUGGUGUUUCCUAGUUAUUCUCAUAUCAACUCGCUAAGAGAAACUUGUUCCUGUUAAAAAAAAAAUUCUAUAAAUAUAGGAUUCACAUGCUCUUUCAGAUGCUGAACCAUUUUAUCUGAAAUAUUUCCAUAUGCCUCCCAACAUCCCAGAGCCAACGCAGAGGGAUUAAGAUUUUGAAAUCAUUCUGCCUCCAUAGUGAGACCCUGACUCAAAAAACAAACUUUGUCUUGAGGGAACAAAUUAGUUGGUAAAGCCCAUCUCUUCCAAACAUGAGUACCUGAGUUUGAUCCCUCCCCCCCCCCCCCCCCCCAACAAAAGAUAAGGCUUAGUGGUUCACAAUUGUAAUCCCAGCCUUGGGGAGAGACAGUCAGAUCCCUGAGCCCUGCUAGCCAACUAACCUAGCCUAUUCGGCAAAUUCUAAGCCAGUUAGAAAUCCUUUGCCCCUGCUUCCCCAAAAUGAAUGGCUCCUGAGGAAUAACACCCAAGGUGUCCUGUGACCUCUCUGACCUCCAUACAGAUGUGCACACACUGAAUACACACAAAUACACAUACCCACACAAUCCUUGGAAUGGUACUAUAUACUAAAAAUUUGAAGUUAGUGUGUUUUAUUCUUUGAUAUUUUGUUUCACAUUUAACAUUUUUGGUAUUUGGAUUCAUCUUUCAACCAGUGAAGUAUUAAAUCCAAGUAAGUUUUUAUUGUGGCAUUGGAAAUAUAAACUCAACAUUAAUAGAUGUACGAUUGUUAUUUUCUUUGACAAAGUGCUAAGUAAAGCGAUUGUUUAUUUGGACAGCUGCUCGACCCUGAGCCAUAUAUAUCCAAUCUUUUAUUAAAUUCAUCUUUGAAGCAGUGAUGUCUUAGGUUAAGGAAAUCUGUAUCAUAAGUUAUUUACUUAUUCGUUUGAGGCCAGGUCUCAUGUUUCACAGUCUGUCUUCAACUUCCUUUGUAGCUAAGGAUCAGUUUGAACUUCUGAUCCUCCUUCCUUGCCACCUCCCAAGUGGCUGAGAAUAUGCACCACCCUGCCUUGCUUAUGAAUUGCUGAUUCUUAAACCCAGGGCUUUAACUGAGCCACAUCCUUAAUCUAAAUUAUCCCAAGUUUGAAAAUCUGAAGUUAGUGUAAUGAAAAAUGUGGUUUUUAUUUCUUUGUGAUGUUUUUGUAUGUAUGUGUGUAGUACUAGGAAUUGAAACACUGCUCCUUCUCACUACGUCCUCUCCUUUGCUUUUCUCAGACAGGUUUUCAUAUGCAGCUCAGCAUUGGCAUUGAGCUCUGAUCCUUCUCCCUCAGCCUCCCAAAGUAUUGAGCUCAUAGGCAUUGCUACUGUGCCCAGCUGAAAAGGUGUUUUAUACUGGUACAUACCCCUCUCUCGGUCUGCCGUUAUUCCACUAAGAAUUUGCUAGGCUCUUAACUAAUUACUAAUGUCUUUAGCAUCUUACAGAAAUAAUAAGAUGUUCUAGGGAAUUUGCUUUGUGAUAUUGGUGUUCUAACUCUGUGAUUUUGCAUAUGGUUAACAUAAACAUUAAUUUCAUUGUUAAUAUAUUUUGAAAUGAGGAGCCUUUUUUAUUGGGUGGCUAUACACAAUUUAUUUGUUCAGUUUUAACCUGCAACCCAUUUACACCCUUUCAAAACCAUUGACUUACAGGUUUAUCCAGUUUUGGUUGAAAGCAGUGAAGACCCCAAAUUCUGAACAAUGUUCUCUAUAAGGUCCUCAUUCUCCUAACAUAUAAGACAAUCUUUAAGAUAAUUUUUAAAAUUUUUGUCAUCUUUACAGUAUUAUUUGAUGAGCAAAAAACCACUAAUACAUUUUUUUAAAGACAAGAAUUAAGGGUGUUGGUCAAAGGGGUCUUUAGAUUUUAUAUUUGAACACUAAUUUGUUUGAAGUUGACUUCACAUAAGUAAAAAUCUCUUUUGGAUAAAAAUUAUUAAACUAUAACAGUUUGUACUGUUACGGUACUUUGAAUGUUGGACAGUAGCUUGUCAUAAAUAGCAGGGAUUAAUUUUAAUGGAAACAAUGUUUUACUAAAAUAUUAAUAAAGAAUUAUUAUCAUUCUAUAUAUUUUGUUCUUUGAUAGGCUUCAUGCUAAGUCUAGUUUUGUGAGCAUACUUAAU